AUGAUGGAGGCAUUGAGUGAAACACCACGAGCAUCAGUCGAGUCACUGGUUACAGUGGACUCGAUUGCAAAUGCACUGCGAGAUAUUCUCCCGUCAAUCAACGCAGACACAGCGACUCUGAAAAUGGUGAUGGAGAAGCUCGCGGUUCGUUUCGGUAUGGACUUUAUAGACUUGAAAGCAAAGUGGAGAGCUCAAAUUAAGGCGCUUUUGCCGGACAUGAUGGAUUUAUGUGCGGGUGGAACCAUGUGUGGAAAUGAUAAUGAGGAUACGCAAGUUUCUACCAAAGAGGACGACAAAGCAGUUGAUUUUCGUCCGAGCAGGAAGCGCAGUGCGAAGAAACGCAAUGGAGUUGGAGAUCCAUAUCGACACCAAGUUGUCGGUGAUAGUGCGACAAGUGAAAGCAGUGCAGAUAGCUCAAAAUCGGGCGAUGAAGAGGAUGAUGCUGACGACGACAUUGCCCCUGUCAAAGAGGAACGAAAAGCGACCGAUAGCAGCCAGAAGAAGAAGCGAAAGAGCAAAGGUGUCGUGCCACCGCCAAAAAAGUCCAAGAUAACACAGCAGCCAGAUUCUGCAGGUAUUGCUUCGUUGAAAGAACUUGGCCGCGCAGCAGGUGUUCUCAAUCCACAAGUGUACAGAUUGCUAAAACAUACUGCGUCAGCUGCGGACGCAGAGAAGAUUCUGCGUGAUCGAUUGCACGAUGCCGAUAUUUGUUUCGCCGGCUUGUAUCCUUCAAGUCGCGAAAUAAGCGCGGCGAGGAGAAAGCGCGUAAAGGAGAAAGAGCUGGAGGGAAUUGACACAAGCUUGAUUAUCUCGGGUGGACGAUCGCGUCGUGGAGCGUUGUCGCGCAAGUCUUACGAAAAAGAGCGUAUUGACAGUGAAGAAGAUGAUGUUAAAGAGGAGGACGAAGAAGCGGACGACGACGACGACAAUAAGAAAAAUGUCGGUGCCAAGAGCUCUGCCAUUAGCGACUCGGACUCUUCGGAGGCGUCGUUUUAG